AUGGAAAUAAUUAUUUUCUAUCUUACCCUUGAGAAAUAUGUCGGCACGCAGUCUCAUACCAUCCACCAUUGCAAAUCCGCGAAGUUGCUUAAACUUUACUCUCCACCAAACCAUAACAACCCUCACAUUCAAGCUGGCACGCCGCCGAACGAUCAAAUGGCUCGUAGCCCACCUAUCCAAAGCACCAAGUAUAAUGCCGCAAUCCUGGCUACUAUGAACCUUGUUGCAAGUUUUGCCGAGAGAUACCUCGAACCAACGUUGGUUCGUUGGCUACGACUCCUCACACUCGUCAUCAACAGCGUUGUUUUCAUCGUCGCCGUAUUUGGAGCGGCUAAGGGACAGACUGGUGUGGUCGAGCAGACCUCUACCAGAAUUCGGGAUGCGACUGACCUGGACGAUGAGAAACGUCUUCCCAAUGCGGGACAGGGGCAGGAGAUCAAAUGUGUGGAUUCUGGAGGUUGA